CGGCCGGGCCGCUGGACCAAACAUCAAUUCAGUUUCAGUUUUCAUUUAGACUCGUUUUAUCGAUUCUUCGUCUUCGUACGCAAUCAUGAUCGCCAAGGUUGUUUUCGCUGUAGCCACAUUGAUGGUGGCAGUUGAUGCCAGACCCGGCUUGGCUCCUACUGCAAUUUUGACCCAUGCUGCCCCAGCAGUAGCAGUUAAAGCCGAACCCUACGACCCCCAUCCACAGUACAACUUUGCCUAUGGAGUAGCUGACCACUCAACUGGAGACAUCAAAGACCAAGAAGAAUCCAGAGAUGGUGAUGUAGUAAAAGGCAAAUACAGCCUAGUCGAGCCCGAUGGUAGCAAACGUACUGUAGAAUACACCGCAGAUCCCGUUAACGGAUUCAACGCUGUCGUCCACAAAGAAGCCCUCUCCCACCCAGCUCAAGUAGCUGUUGCUCACGCUCCAGUUGCAGUAGCCCACGCUCCAAUAGCAGUAGCUCACGCUCCCGUAGCCAUAGCUCAUGCUCCAGCCUAUGCUGUAGCUCACGCUCCAGCCUAUGCCGUAGCCCACGCUCCAGCCUAUGCUGUGGCUCACGCUCCUGCUGCCAUCUCCCACUCUUCUAUCACCACAUCUCACAGCGCCCCAGUUGCCAUUGCUGCCCCAACCUACGCUGUUGCUCACGCUCCAGUAGCCGUAGCUCACGCUCCAAUCGCUUUGUCCCACGCACCAACCUACGCUUACUUGCAUUAAGGUAUUAUUUACAGCAUCGUUUUUGUUUGGGUACAUACUUUCCUUCCUGGAAAUGAGCGAGAUCUAUUGGAGUUUGAAGUAUUAUAUUUUCCUAGCUCGAGCUUCAUUCCGGAAGGAAUUUUAUGUAUCUAUUUUUGGUUAUUGCUCGUAUUCGUUUCAUGCAUGUAUGUAAAUAGUCAUCGUUUUGCGUUUCUCAUUUUUUGUAUAACUUAUGUAGAUAUAGGGUUAUUAAAGUUUUGUUCUUGAA